AUGAAAGCAGCCCUGAUGCUGCAGACGUCGGUCAUUCUUCUCUGCUUCAUCACCAGCAGCUGGUCAGGGCCGUGGAGACCAUGCACAGAUCUGCUCCCGCUGGACCUUCUGCACCGCGUCGUCCCCGGUGACGCUGCUGAUCAGAGUCGGAUCAGGAUGGUUCAGUCUCAGGGUUCCAGAGGACUGAAGUUUUCUGGACCUCCACAAGCUCUGAGCUUCCCAUCGUCACAGAUCUUCACCAACUGCAACUUCUUCCCUGCUGAGUUCUCCAUCGUGGUCACCAUCAAGAUCCCCAAACUUAUUUCUAAUAAGGACGAGUACAUCUUUACUCUCCUGGAUGAAGAUACAGACGAGCUGCUGGUCGGUCUCCGUCUCCGUCAUGAUAAACUUCACUUCCUGUAUCAGUUAGAUGGACGGAUGAGGCGUGAGACCUUCAGGCAGGUGAACGUUGCUGAUGGACGAUGGCACACGAUGGUUCUAGCGCUCAGUGGCCGUUACGCCGUCCUGACCGUGGACUGCAGCAUCCCAGUAGAGCUGCAGUUGGAGGAAACUUUUCCUGAAGAUCUGGAUGUAGAAGGUUCUCGGUUCUUGGUUGGCAGCAGGAGGAGAUGGAGUGGACUCUUCUCUGGUUUGAUGAGGCAGCUCGUCCUCGUACCAGGAUCAGACGCCUCCUCUCGGGUUUGUCCCUCUUCAGACCCCAAACUCUCCAUCUUAUCAGUUCCUCAGAUUCUCCUACACCUGCCAAUCACAUCUCCAGCCAAUCAGCUCCCACUUUACCCCUACGAGGCGGAGCUCCGGGUGACGCAGCGCGGGGCCCCUCCACUGUGUGUGAGGGCCACGGUGGGGCAGCUGUGGUUCAACACUGACGAGAGGGCGCUGUUCCUGUGUAACGGUACCAACUGGAUCACCAUGAUGCAUGAACAGGAGAAGCUGGAUUAUGUUGAAGAUCAUCAGAAUCUCUUCACAAACUCAGAGACGUUUGAUAUCGAGGUUUUCCAGCUCCCGUCUCUCGGAUUAUUUAUCGCCACAGCGAACCGCGACUCCGGUUCUGGCUCCAGUAUUUACAGAUGGACCGACGGAAGGUUCCAGAGAUACCAGAACAUCGACACGUACGACGCCCAGGCCUGGAAAUUCUUCACUGUGGAUAAAAAGAGGUUCCUGGUGGUUGCUAACUCCAGACGUAGCAGUGCUAGUGAGUGUGAGUUCUCUGUGAUCUAUAAAUGGAGCUCGAGGAAGCAGAACUUUGUCGUUUAUCAGAAGAUAAACACGUACAGCGCCCGGGACUGGGAGGCCUUCCGUAUCCAUGACGAUGACUUCUUAGCUGUAGCCAAUCAUAGACAAGGUGAAAUGAACCACAACAUCGAGAGCGUCAUCUACAGGUGGAACCGCCACACCAGGAUGUUUGAGGUGAAUCAGACCAUCUCCACGUCUGGAGCAUACGACUGGGAGUUCUUCACCAUCGGACCGUACCAUUUUCUGGUGGUGGCCAACACCUUCAACGGCAAAUCCACCGCCAUCAGCUCCAGCAUCUACAUCUGGCUGGAGGGGAAGUUCCAGCUGUUCCAGGACAUCAUGACGUAUGGAGCUAUAGACUGGGAGAUGUUCCAGAUUGGUAACAGGUUCUUUUUGGCUGUAGCAAACUCUCAGAAAUUCAGUGAGACGGGUUCAGUUCUCUACAGCAUCAACUCCACCAUCUACGAGCUGAACAACACCACACAGACCUUCGUCAAGUUCCAGGACAUCAUCACCAGCAGUGCGUUAGAUUGGGAGUUUUUCACGGUGGGUGACGAUAAAUUCUUGGUGGUGGCGAACUCGUACGAUGGAGCUUCUUACUCAAUAAACAGUGUUAUAUACAGGUGGCAGGGUUAUGAAGGAUUUGUUCCUGUGCACAGAUUAAACACACACGGAUGCAAAGACUGGGAAUUCUUCACUUCCUCUGACGGCUCUUACCUCAUUUCCUCCAGCGCCAGAGCUCCCUACUCCAAAGUGCUCAAGCUAAAGACGUACUACCAGCGUUAA